CACUCGAUCGCCAUCAUGGACACCGGCAGCGAGCUCAUAUGGACGCAGUGCGAGCCCUGCACCAAGUGCAUGAAGCAGCUCUUCCCGAUCUUCAGCCCGGGAUCCUCCACGACGUACAAGGAUGUGCUGUGCGACUCCCCAGGCUGCGGCUCGUUCGGGCAUUCGUCCUUCUGCGACAAGCGGUGGGAGAAGUGCGUCUACAACGUGCGCUACGGCGACAAAUCUUACUCCAGCGGCACCGUCGCCACGGAGACGUUUACCUUUGCAGAGAGUAGGAGUCCAGCGUUGCAUUAUUUCAAAAACAUCCAGUUCGGAUGCGGACAUGACAACUACUUCCAUUUUGCAAGCUCCAUUCCAUCUGGAAUUGUGGGGCUCUCCGCUGGAAAAUCCUCACUGCUUACUCAAUUUGGUUACGACAGAUUCUCCUAUUGCCUCACAACGUACGAAGAUCGCAAAAAGGGGAGCAAGCUGCAUUUCGGCGAAGACGCUGAUGUCUCCGGCAGAACAAUGGUGUGGACGCCGAUGACCGAGAUGAACGUCCCGGAUUUGUACUUUGUGACGCUGGAAGCGAUCAGCGUGGGCAACAAGAGGAUCGAAUACCACAACCCCGCGCUGCUCGAAGGAGGGAACAUCGUGAUGGACUCGGGGACCGUGCUGACCGUGCUCCCCGUCAACUUCUACGACGACGUGGAGGUGGCGAUAGCGAACCAGAUCAAUCAAAGGGCCGUGCGGGACUACAAGGACUGGCGGCUGUGCUACUCUGACCCGUUUGUGAUGCCGAAGAUAACGGUGCAUUUGAAAAGGGCGGAUGUGGAGUGGAAGCAUGAGAAUGUUUUUAUCAGAGUGAGUCCGGAUUAUGAGUGCUUGGCGAUGCUGCCCAAGGAAGGCUUGCCUAUCUACGGUAACGUUGCGCAGGCCAACUACUUGGUGGGAUAUGAUAUCAGAAAUACGCGUGUCUUAUUUAAGCCCACUCAGUGUGGGGUGUAGUUAUUUAAGCGUGUCUUAGACUGGCCCGAUUAGCCUGCUAAAUUUAGAGGGUUAAGUCGAAAAAAUUAAGCCUCGUAAAAAUUGGGCUAGCCAGUUCAAGUUAGCGGGUCAGCCCCGCGGGCUGGCCUGUUGGGCUGUAAGCAAAUAUAAGAAUUUGUU